AUGCUGGGGGUUCAGUAUAGACAGCUGUAUGGUCACUUACUCAAUAAUUUCACCGAAGCGAGAACCAUUCCUGUUUUCAGGACUCAAAGCCAGGAUCGCAUGGUGAAAACCGCAAACAAUUUCGCCGCGGGCUUCUUUGGGGUGCCGGAGUAUCUGGACCAAGUCUCCAUCGAGAUUCUGGUGGAAAAUCCAGGCGUCAAUAAUUCGGGCGCACCUUAUGAGAUAUGCAACAACUCCAAUAUUGCAACCCGGGGUAGCAUCGGAAGCAAGAUUGCAACCAGUUUCGCAAACACGGCUUUCAACGCCACGCUAGCUCGUCUACAAUCCCAAGUUUCGGGUAUCAACCUCACCGCUACAGACGCAAUUGCCAUGCUUCAACUCUGCUCCUACGAGACACAUGCCCUAGGCUACUCUGCCUUUUGCAAUCUAUUUUCGCAGCAAGACUUCCUCAAUUACGAGUACUACUACGACCUCUCGUUUUACUACAACAAUGGUCCAGGCUCUCCCGUCUCCGCAGCGCAAGGCAAAGGAUAUCUCGACGAAUACAUUGCGCGCCUCAUAGGUGCAUAUCCAGACGCAAAAUCAGCCCUAAAUCAGACUUUCGACAACUCAUCGACCUUCUUCCCGCUCAAUCAGUCUAUUUACGCAGACGCUACACACGAAGUAGUCGUCCUUGACACUCUCGUCGCGUUCAACUUGACUGCCCUGUUUGAUGGCCCGCCAUUAAGUCCGACUGGAAAUGAGCAGAGUAAUAGCUUCGUCGCGUCCAAACUUGUGCCAUUCGCAACGCAUUUUACGACGCAGGUGCUCUCUUGCCCUAACCGGGAGCAGUCAAAGCAGAUUCGGUUCAUUGUCAUGUUAAUUUCCGUGAUUCCUACGAGAUUACGGUAUGCUUCAAACUCAAUUACAGUGCUAAUGAUCUUGGUAUGUAGUAAUGAUGCUGUCGUGCCGCUUCAUAACUCACAUUCUGGAUGCCCCGUCGACGAGGACGGCCUGUGCGCUUUCGAUACAGUAUUAGAUGUGCUUCAGAAACGCAGUCGUGAGAUCGACUUUGAUUACGAUUGCUUUGCUAAUUACACGGCGGCCGCUGGUGUUGAUUAUAAUGGUAGAGCGCCGCGGGCUUUGUGA